GAGCGGAACGCAUCCGGUAUUUUAUUGCGUCACAAACGUAGAGCAAUUGGCGAAAGCCAGACGAGAACUGCCGAAAAUCACAUGACGCGCCGCUAGUGUAGACAGCUACCAGACAAGAGGUGUAGGGGUCAGAAGUAUCGUACGUUGUGCUGGAUAUAUUCAUUACAGGCCUGAGCGCUCGCAACGUUGCAAAGAUGAGUGACGACUUGACCACCUUUAGCAUUGAGCGUAUGUGGUUGGAGGACAGCACGUGAUCCAUAUGACAACCACACCGUGAAGCUGAUGCGGUGAAGGAUCUUGGUAGACGGGCGGUAAUCGUGGUUUCAGCUCCCUGGCCGUUCAUGCAAAAGAAUGUUCCCUUCAUGAGAUGAGGUACUAUUUUGGGAUACGAUGUGGGCAAGUAUUGCGCUUGUCCCAUCCCAUGUUUCAAUACUUCACACUAGGCAGUAUGGACUCCAGGCUGUAGGACACUGGACACUGUUCAACGAGUCCUGCUCGUUGUAUUAUUUUUCGCUGAAGUAUGUCGUGACGGGAGACCCUGUUACAGAUGUGAUUUCGCGGAACGUCUGCAUACGUCACUUCACUCUUGCUCUUGCAAGCUUUCGUUUUUUUUUUCUUCGUUUUUUUUUCGAUGAGUUGUGCUUGAUGCGUUGGUCUCGCCGUGGUCUUACGUCACCUGAUUCCUUGAUUCCUCCUGGUUCGUGGCGGACAAAACGCAGCUCAGGGGUGUCUUUACGUGUAGCACUUCCAGAACCUCACACUCUGAAUACGUCGCAGCGUGUAAAAAGACAGUAAAGCAGGACAGCGUGUGAGCCGAUUAAAGCACGCGACCGAAUGAAGGAGUGAGGGGCGUUGCAUCUACAUCCGUCCUCCUUCCGUCAGGCGAUGUUCACUCUUUUCAUUCCUGCAUUUCCUCCUCUGUAGUUUCAGUGGCUGCCUCCGGAUUUCGAGGAAGUAACAGCAUGUUCGUGAGGCUCCACUUGAGGUCAUGGUAUCCAUAAGGCGGACCUGGCUUUUCCUCGCUGGCCUCGCAGUGUACGCUUUCAGCAUAUUCGUCAUCCACAGAUCAAUUUCACAGAAGAACAUCUUCACUUACGUUAUGCCGCCGAGUGAAAAGCUGAUAGUCAAAACUACACACAUGAUUGAAACUAACGGAAGCCUGUAUAUCCAAGAACAGCGUACCGCUGCUAACGAGACAGUGAAAGGAGUUACUCCCCAACCACUAAGACCAGCUGAAAGUGAAUCGCGUUCGACAGGACCGAGCCCUGCUUCCAAACAAAGUGCACGACAUAGUGGACCAAGUGGGAUGAAGCUGUUGCCUCCAUACGAAGAGAGCCUUUACCCGUUCACCAUAACCAGCCCAUCCAUGUGUCCACCUAGCACGAAUGUUCGACUCCUCGUGUUCGUCAUCUCGUCCGUCAAGAACACAGAGAUCCGGACUGCCAUCAGAAAGUCCUGGGGCUCACCAGCCUUCAAUGCUAGCUCAGGUUUCAGACUGGGUUUCAUGGUCGGUGUCGCAUCCAACAGGUCUCAUCAAGCGAACCUUCUCGAAGAAUCUAGAAGCCAUCGCGACAUAGUGCAGGUCAACUACACUGAGGAUUACUACAAGAUCACGGUUUCCAGCGUGAGCAUACUUCGGUGGGUGACCCAAAACUGUCCCAGAUACGAGUACCUGGUCAAAAUGGACGACGAUUCCUUUUUAAUGAUGGCAUCUUUAUACGACUAUUUGAGUGUGUUAAAGCCGCACCGAUCCAUUUUGGGAAGGGUUGUUAAAAACAGCGGAGUUAACCGUAACAGGAAGAGUAAGUGGUACACCACAAAAGAGGUAUACAGCAAGAGUCGUUAUCCCGACUUCACGAAUGGGUUCACAUACGUGAUCACGUCGGACGCUGUGCCCAGCAUAUACGAGGCAGCAAGGUCGUCCAAGUAUUUGUUCCCGUUAGAGGAUGUCUUCAUAACUGGUAUGUGUAGAGAGAUCGCGAACGUAACGGUUAUAAUGAUUCCACAAAUGUCUCGCAUGAUUGUCCGUCCGGAAGCGUGUCUUUACAAGGACGCCAUAGCCAGACAUAGAGUCAGUCCUCAAGUUAUGCAAAGCAUGUGGAAGAAGCUAGAGAGCAACGACUUCAAAUGUAAACGAGGCAAAAAGGGUUGAGCGCCUGCUGUGUUCUGCAUGUGUUCGUCUACAUGGAAGCUGGGUCGAACGAACCUGUGUCUGAGUUCUAUACUUCAGGCAAAGCUGUGGAAGCAGGUUGUCAGUAUUCACAAAAGGAGCGUACUAGGAGCCCACUUCCUGGCGUGCGACACAGCAAGCACUGCGUCUGAAGCGAGAAAGAGCGAUGAUACUAAGCCUUCCAGCUGACUUUGGUGCCCCUCCUGGUCACGAAAUCGACACCAGAGGUACUCGGCGUUGUGGUCAAGUUUCAUCCUGACAUUGGUUUGCGGACCACUUCAGCAAUCGACAUAUCGGAAUGGCAAGCACCCUUGGUGAACCGUUUAACAUGACCUUUUACUUUUUCCUACCGAGAAGCCUCCACCGAAUGAAGGGCAUACCCGUUGUCAUGCCGCGUCGUUCAUUGUCGUCGCCACAGGACACAAAAUGAAACGACGGUGGUGCCGUGGACCCGCGAUAUUUAACAUCUUCAGGUGGGACAGGGGAGUGUACACUUUGUGCUCCGCAAGGUGACGCUGUGUUUUCACUCUCAGGGACGUUCACCUCUGAAAGAUGGGUACGUCACCAACUCCCUGUUUGGGUGUCUCCCAACGUGCUCCACAUCGCAUUAUGGCGUGUUAUACGUCCAUACAUAGUAGUUAUAUGGACGUGUUAACACAGGCGAGGGAGGAAGAACUGCUUGUACGUAUGGGACGAUAAUUAAACUAAGAACAAAGCACCUACGGUGGCAAAAAAAUGUAAAAUCGACACGUGCAUUUACUUGCGAUCUGCUGUUUGUGUCUUUGUCGUACAAUUAUAUGUCUGUAUUUAAAUUUAAUGGCAGUUAAUACGACUGGAACACUACGGCUCCUUGGCUACCGCUAAGGUUUCAUAACAACCCCCUUAUUUAUUUU